AUGUCUUCUUCCAUCCUUCUCCUCCUUUGCAUUCUCACCAUAAUACCUUCAUGCCUUGAUGCUGCCAUCCCUCCUAGAGGUUACUUCAUCAGUUGUGGUGCAACUAAAGAGGAGACUGUAAAUGGUAUCAAAUGGAUACCAGAUGAAGGAUUUAUACAAGAAGGGAACAUAUCCAAGGUUGAGGAUCAUAAUGUAAUGCCUAUAUUAUCAUCUCUUCGAUAUUUUGCCGAUACAUCGGCUCGCAAGUUCUGCUAUGUGAUUCCUGUGACCAAAGGAGCAAAGUAUUUGGUCAGGACAACAUACUACUAUGGUAACUUUGACAGUAAAAAUGCACCUCCGGUAUUUGAUCAGAUUAUUGAUGGAACAAAGUGGAGCUCUGUCGACACAUCGGCGAACUUUGCCGAUGGCAUGACUUCUUAUUUUGAGAUCAUUGUUGCUUCCAAGGGGAAGGAAUUGAGUGUUUGUUUAGCGAGGAAUGCACAUACAGUUUCAAGUCCAUUUAUUUCUGCUCUAGAGUUGGUGCAAUUAGAAGACUCGAUGUAUAAUUCCACAGAUUUUUCAAGUACAUGCUUAGCACAGUUGCUCGCCAUAGUUUCGGAUCAUGAUGGCCCUAUACUUAGCUAUCCAGAUGAUCCGUAUAACCGAUAUUGGGAGUCUUUUGUCGAUGAAAACCCGGUUGUCGAAUGCCAAUCGAAUAUUUCAUCCUCUGAUUUUUGGAACAUUCCACCUGUUGCAGCAAUGCAGAGAGCAGUGACUACAAGCAGAGGAAAGCAGUUAACUGUCAAAUGGCCAACAAUGUCUCUCCCUGAAACUAGUUAUUAUGUAGCUCUUUACUUCCAAGAUAAUCGAAAUCCAAGUCCAUAUAGUUGGAGAGUUUUCGAUGUCUCAAUUAACGGCGAUAACUUCUACAAAGGCUUGAAUGCUUCGUCGUCGGGUGUGAUGGCUUAUGGUAAGCAAUGGCCAUUGUCUGGUCAGAUUGAGAUAACUCUGAAUCCUAACUCAAAUUCACCGGUUGGUCCAUUGAUCAAUGCCGGAGAAAUCCUUCAGAUUGUGCCACUUGGUGGAAGAACUCUAACUAGAGAUGCGAUUGCGAUGGAACAUUUGGCUAGAAGCUUGAACAAUCCUCCUUCAGAUUGGAGUGGUGAUCCAUGCUUUCCACCGGAGAACUCAUGGACAGGUGUGACAUGUACUCAAGGACUUCUCGGUCGAGUAUUGAAAGUGAAUCUAACGAAUUUCGGCAUCUCGGGGACAAUAUCUGAUGGUAUUGCCAACUUAACUGCAGUGAAAGACAUUUGGCUUGGAGGGAACAAACUCUCUGGACAAAUUCCAAACUUGAGCUCUCUGCAUCAUUUGGUUUCACUGCAUUUGGAAAACAAUGAAUUGAGUGGUCAUAUCCCUUCAUCACUGGGAGAGCUUGAAAACCUUCAAGAGUUAUACCUCCAGAAUAACAAAUUUGAAGGUGGACUUCCAGACAGUUUGAAAAAACGAAGUGGAAUCGAGAUUCAAACUUAUUCUGGAGAUCAAUAAGACUGGUUGAGAAAAUCCAAGGAA